UAUAAGUAAAAUCCACGAGCGUCAAACAAACUGCUGGGGUGUUCAUGAUAAGCUUUGUCAAUAGUACAUCCAGGAACAAAAUGACUUCUGCCCGGAGUUUGAUCUUCCUUUUGACUGUGGCGAUGAUGUUCAAUUUCAGUCAUUCGAGACAUUGUAGAGGUUCUUCUUCCAGAUGUCCGCCUGGCUGGCAUCGCCAUGGGAACUCUUGCUACAUGUUCUCAAAGAACACUCUACCCUGGAAUCAGGCCUUGCAUACAUGUGUUAGUCUUGGUGCUGGUUUGGUCGCCGUUGAAUCUCACAGGGAAGAGAAAUUCUUACAAAAUAGACUACGUCAUGAAUUUGCAAGUUUCAUGUUUUGGCUUGGAGGAUCAGAUCAGUAUCAUGAACACUCUGUUUGGUAUUGGAUUGCAACUGAAAAAAAUAUAAACAGUGGCUACACAGACUGGCAUCGUUCGGAACCCGAUCACCCAGGUAAACAACACUGCCUAGCGAUGAGAAAGGAUUAUAAUUAUCAAUGGUGUGACGAUUACUGUCAUGAAUUGCAUGCUUACAUCUGUGAAAAAUCGCUGAGAUUUAGAGGUUAAAUCUGGUACGGAAUGAGAAAUUCAGAAUGAGCAUUACAUUGAGAUCGAAAUACCCUUGUUUUCAUUGUUCUUUAAAUAAAUUUUAAGCAGAU